CUUUUACUGCAUUCUAUUUAUAAAUAUUUGUAUUGUAUUAUUUUCCUUCCAUAUUGUUAUUUUCAAAAUAAAAAUAUUACAUGUCAUUUAAGGGGAGCAGACAUAAAAAAAAGACGUGGCAUAUCGUUCAGAGAAUUCCUUUACCUUGUAGCAGCUUUGGAUCCAAAAACGAAUCUUGUUGGUCCUCUGACCGAGCCAAGGGACAUAUACGUAUUUUGUUAUUUCGACAAGGAUUCCGAUAACAUACUAAAAGCGGAAGAGUUUAAGAAUUUCAUGACUGCUUCCAGAAGGGCAAGGAAAUUGCCGCUUGAUGCAGGAAGUAUUACUAAAGAAGCCACCGAAACUUACAAAGCUAUGGGGUUGGGUGAAGGAGCGAAUGUAACACUAAACGAUUUCCAAAAAGCAGCCAAAGAUGGCAAAAUUAAAGGCUUACCACAAAUAUUAAAAUCGUCGGUGGAUAUAGCAAAAUACGUCUCGGGUAAGGAAGGAGGAGGAGGGGGAGGGGGAGGAGGAGGAGGAGGCGGAGGAGGUCCAGUAGCAGGUGGUGGAGGUGGAAAAGUAGUAGCACAAACUAUUCAUCAUACUGCUGCACCACCUGUGCAUGUUGAGUCUGUUCAAAGAUCCGCAUGGGUCAAAGAUUUUGAGCUGGCCGUUCAUACAAUCAAAAUUAAUAAGGACAGUAACCAAAUAAAUGUUGAACAAUUAUAUGGGGUACAAGAGGCAGUUUCAAUGAACACUUUAAAAGUACCACCAGGCACGGAACCUGGCAGAAGAACCUCAAUAGACGUAUUCAGCCCGAAAUCCUUAACCAACGAGGUUCUCAAAGCGGUGCGAUAUUUGAGCCCGUUGAACAAGAAGCUUUUGGCUCCCGCUAAAAACGAAAAACCCAGCUACAACUGGGGACAACUCGACCCGACAGUUUUCUUGAGAAAUUUAAUAUCUGUCGCCAGUUUGGUCAAGGAUGUGUUCCGGAAGGAGCCCAGGCUUUUAAAGCUUAGUUCCCCACUGUAUGUAUUAGGCGACCUUCAUGGCAAUGUAGUUGAUUUAUUACAUUUCGAGGCGACUUUGUGGCACUUAGGGGCGAAUUUGUGCCCUUGUAACAUACUAUUGUUGGGUGAUUAUGUGGACAGAGGUCCUUUUAGUAUUGAAGUAAUAGCAUACCUUUUUGCCUAUAAGCUGCAAAAUCCAGACAAAGUGCACAUGUUAAGGGGGAAUCAUGAGAUCAGGGACGUGCAAAAGAUGUUUACUUUUUAUGGAGAGUGUAUGUUAAAGUGUGGAGAAAAAUUGGGAGCUGAGUUAUGGAACGCUUUGAACACAGCUUUUGAUCAUAUGCCAAUAGCCGCAGUGGUUGAUAACAAGAUAUUUUGUUGUCAUGGAGGUUGUCCACCCCCAUGGUUAUGUCCAGUUAUAUCUGCCAUAAACGAUAUACCUGUACCAUUGAAUCAACCGAAUCAGCAGAGCUCACUGGCUUGGGAAAUCAUGUGGAAUGACCCUGUUAAACCAAAACAAGUAAACGAUAAGCUUAACAUGGAACUGAUGGCCAACGAGGGGUUUGCAGUUAACUCAAGAAGAGGUACUGCGCAUGUCUUCAGCGCUGAGGCUCUAGAUCGAUUUCUGAAGUCCAAUAAACUUACUCACCUAUUAAGAGCUCAUGAAGUUGUACAAGCUGGAUACUACAUUCAACAAAGAGGAAAAAUUAUAACGGUGUUUUCCUCCUCAAGAUACUGUGGAGGAGAUAAUGAAGCUGCUUGUAUACUUAUAGAUCAAGCGAAAAUAAGAAUAUUAAGAUUAGCUAGGUCAUAA